ACUUAUAAAACCCUUAAUUCCUUAUUUCUUUGCCGUUAAACCCUAACCUCCAAAACCAAAACUCAUCCUCCCUACAAACCUCUGUUUUUCACUUUGCACCCACCAAACCAAAAAUCAAACAAACCCUAAUUCCUAAACCCCAAUUUCAUUAAAGAUCACACCUUUAUUUCUCAUCACCGAUCAUCAAAAACCCUAGAAAGAAAAUCAUGGACGUUUCAAAGGAUAAAAAGGUGGUGGCAUACCACCCAUAUCAAGAUCUCUAUAACGUACCUGCCCAAAAUCUUUAUAAGCUGCCCACAUCGCCGGAGUUUCUUUUUCACGAAGAAGCCGCCCGUCAACGCCGCAGCUGGAGCGAGAAUCUUCAAUACUACACCGGAACCGGGUAUUUAUCGGGCGCGAUCAUCGGGGCAGGUAAGGGUACUAUAGAUGGGAUUAAAUCUGCUGAGCCUGGUGAUACCACGAAGUUGCGGGUUAAUAGGGUUUUGAAUUCGGGUGGGCACAUGGGUCGGAAAUUUGGGAAUAAUUUAGGGGUUUUAGGGUUGAUGUUUGCUGGGAUUGAAAGUGUUUUGAUUCAUUAUAGAGAUACUGAUGAUUUGAUUAAUCCUGCUCUUGCUGGUCUCGGUACGGGCGCUGUUUAUCGGGCUGCUAGAGGUCCUCGGUCCGCUGCUAUCGCGGGUGCUGUUGGUGGAAUUGCGGCGGCGGCUGCUGUUGCUAGUAAACAGGUUCUUAAAAGAUAUGUUCCCAUUUGAUAAAGUUUUGAUUUUGAGACAGGAGAAUGGGAUACUUAGGUUAUUUGAUUUUAAUGGGUUUUGAUAUGAUCAGAAUGGUGCUUGUAAUGGAUACUAGUAUUUGUUAUGGUUGUUCUUAUAAUCUAAUCUGUCGACUUAGCCUUCGUUGAUUGUGUUAUGUUUGAUGGAAAUUUGUUUUUUAUUUUUGAUCUGAAGAGCUUUUUAGAUUAUAUACAGGAGUUGUAUUAGGGAUUUGAUGGUCAGUUCUGCAGUCAAGUUUGUGGCAAAUUGGUUUAAUUUUUUCACAGUCGUAUGUUAUGAACCUUGAGUGUAUACGUGAUGAAUAUAGCUAUGGAUUGUCGUGGUGA